ACAAAAUUUGGAAUGUUUUUAAUUAAUAAAAAAUAAAAUAUACUGAGAAAAAUAUUCAAAAAUUUUGAAUAAGAUUUAAUAAAUAUUUUCAAAGAAAUACAAGGAAAAAACAAAAAGAAUAGACCAGAAAAAUCAACAGAUUUAUUUCGUACCUGUGAUUCAUAAAAAUUAAAAAUUAUUAAAGAAACACACAAGAUACUUACGUUGUGUGCUUGAUAUUAGAAAAAUUAUUUUAAAUCAAAAGGCAAAAAUAAUAAAAAAAAAAAAUUUUUUUUUUUAAAAAAAUGUAAAAUUAAUAAUGAAAAAUUUAUUUUAAUGUUCGGUGAAAAAUUUGAAAGAAAAAAAAAUUAUUUUUAAUAUAAACUUUGUAUAAAUAUAAAAAAGAAAAUUAAAAGACAAAACAAUUUACAGUUAGAAAAAUGUGUAAAACAUUCACACAGUUUUCGUUCUAUUAAAUUAGAAAAACAAAAAUCAAGAAUUCAAGAUAAAAAUUUUGAAAAUUGGGAGGAAAACAGAAUUUUCAUUAAUAAAAAAGAAAAAAAGUUUGGAAAAAACGGGGGAAAGGAAAAAAUCCAUACCGAUCUAUACUAAAAUAAUUGAACAUAAAAAUUUUUUAAAGUUCAAAAUAUGAUUAUUGAAGGAAUAGAAACUUUAAUUGUGCCAUCACAAUAUCAACCGUAUUUAUUAACAGAAUCAGCAGCUCAAGCUCAUAAUAAUAACAAUAAUAAUAAUUUUAAUAAUAAUUCAAUCGAAAUGUUAGGUGGCGGCACAGAUGCUUAUAUUUAUCGAUCUGUUGUUCCACAACAGAUUAGUCCACAAAUUAAAUCAUUAUCAAACUAUCAUCAUCUUCAUAAUCAACAUCAUAUACAGCCACAUAAUAAUAUGCAGCAACAAAAUCAAAAUCAUCAACAAACACAACAUCAUCAACAGCAACGGCAGCAAGAAACAAAAGAUUCACAACAACAACAACAACAGCAGCAACAGCAGCAACAAUCAUUAAUUUCUCUUAAUAAAAAUAAUAAUAAUAAUAAUAAUAAUAGUAACAGUAACGUUAAUAGCAAUAGUAAUAGUAAUAAUAAUAAUAAUAAUAGUAAUAACAACAAUAAUGAUAAUAAUAGUAAUACUAGCAGUAAUAAUAGUAAUAAUAAUAGUAAUAAUAAUAGUACAAUUGACAAAAUGCCAGUAGUUGAAUCAACAAGUAUUAGCUCUAAUCAUUUAACACUUUUGGAUACAAAUACAGUUAAUCGGCCAACAGCAGCAAAUGGAUUAAUUGAUCAACAAUCUGGUGAUUUAAAUACGCCCAUAAGAAUCUCAAAAGAUAUGCCAUCAUUUUUUGGUCCAUCCACUAUUGUUGAAGCACCUUUGAUAACUGGUUCUGUGGAAUCUGAUAAUUUAUCAUUAGAACCACAAUUAUCACCCAGUCCAGUACAAAGUUUAUAUAGUCCAUUGAAAGAAGAACGUUGUACACCCAUAUUAUUCGUUGAGGAAGAAUCAAGUAAUAAUAGUAAUUCAUUAUAUAUUCAGCAACAACAGCAACAACACAUAAAAUAUACAAUUAGUAGAAACACAUUACAACACAAUAGCAAUAGUUAUUCAAAUUACGAACACUUAGAUCAAAAACAUUUACAACAACAAGCAAUUUCACCUAACACUACCUCACACGACACGCAUACAACAACGAAUAAUCAAAAUCAUGAACACGAACAUGAUAUUAAUCAUCAAAAUCACCAUAAUCAACAUCCUUUACAUCAAUAUCAGUACACAAAUAUACCAAUAAAUUCUUCAACCCAAAGCAAUGAUCGAAAUUCUUAUACAUCAACGUUUACAAUUACAGAUUUCACCUCAUUGGGUAAUCUGUCAGCAACAUCAGCAAUUUUAGCAAAUCAUAUAGAUUCUCCGAAUUCUCCUGAUGUCCCUGGUUAUACAUCACCACCGUCAGCUGAUCUAAAUACAAGCAACUGGAGCGUUACAAGUCAAGACAAAACAUUAUUUGAGUCCCCCGUUAUUAGUAUACUUGGUACAUCAUCAAAUGGCCAAAAUAAUUCAACGAUAUCUUAUACAACACAACAAAAUUCAAAUAUUGAUAAUGUCAGUACAAUAUCAUCACAAAUAUCCGGAACAUCUAUUGACUACCGACCACAAUAUAUUGACUUAAUGGAAUUACCUAUGGAAUGCCCACCUAGUAUAAUUUUAAAACAGGAGCCAUCAACAUUCAAUUUAAAUAGCUUAACAAAUUUUGGUAUGCAAAGUCCUCCAAUACAUCAACAGACUACACAACCCCAACAAACACAACCACAGCAAUCACAAGAUUUAUAUUAUACAAGUCAAGCAGCUGCAGUCACAACUAUAUCUCCACCAAGAUAUCAAUGGCUUGAUACAACAUCAGAUUAUGGAAGUUUAUCGCCAGCAUCUUCAAUUGGUAGUGUAAUUCCAAAACAAGAAUUAUAUUCACCACCAAAUAUUGUGCAAUACCAACAGAGUUCACCAUCACAAUUACAACAGCAGCAACAACAAAGACCAACAGUAUACAAUAGCCAACCAGCACAAUUAGCUGAAUAUAAUGCAUCAACAAGCAAGGGAUUAGAGAUUUUACAUCAAGUUUAUCAACAAAGUACAUUUCCAUUAAAAUUGGUUCCUGUUAAAUCACGUAAAUAUCCAAAUAGACCUAGUAAGACUCCAGUACAUGAACGGCCAUAUGCUUGUCCAGUUGAAAAUUGUGAUCGUCGAUUUUCACGUUCUGAUGAAUUAACACGUCACAUUCGUAUACAUACCGGACAAAAACCGUUUCAAUGUCGCAUUUGUAUGAGAUCAUUUAGUCGAUCCGAUCAUUUAACAACACAUGUACGAACACAUACAGGGGAGAAACCAUUCUCAUGUGAUAUUUGUGGUAGAAGAUUUGCUCGAUCUGAUGAAAAGAAACGUCAUGCAAAAGUACAUUUAAAACAAAGAAUAAAAAAAGAAAAUAAAUUAAGACAGCGGCAGCAAGCACAAGCUCAAGCUCAAGCGCAAGCCCAAGUCACUGCUAAUUUAAUAAGCUCAACAAAUGGCAUUUGCGCCUAACUAGAAAAUAAACCAACAUUCAUAUUACAAGAAGAAGCUAAAGAAGAGCCUAAGAACACUACAUAUUUUAUUCCUCUGACUUUGCUUAUAUUAAAUAAUGUUUAAAAAACAAUGAUGUUCGUUUUUUCAUUCUAAGCGUCAUAUCCCCCAUUUUUUUUUCUUUUACAUUUUUCUGUAUGAAACGUGUUUAGUAUGGAUGUGCAUAAAAUGUUAUGAAUAUAAUAAAUUGUUAUGAGUGUUUAAUGUAUGUAUGUAUGUAUGCAUGUUUGUAUAUCGGUAAGAAAAUUUGAUAUUCUUGAUAAGAAUGUAAUGAAAAAAAAACAUUUUUGCGUUAAAACUAUUGUUUUUAAUAUAAUAAUAUUAAAAAGUAAAAUGAAAAGAAAAAUUUGACACUUAAUGUCACUUUUGACAGUUAAUGUUGUUACGUAAUAAAAUAUAUUGAUCUAAAUAUGCAACACAGAAACAAAAAAUAAAACAAAAACAAAUAGUUUUAAAAUAUUUUCAUUAUUUGAGAUAAAAACAAAUUAUUUUCUCGUCGGUGAGUGAAAAGAGUGCCAUAUUGAAAGUUAAAAAAAAAAUUUGUAGGCCUAUUAAUACAAAAGAAAAAAAAAACAUUCAGAAUAAAAUUUUUUUGGAAAAAAACAAAUUAAAACAAAAAUUUGUAAUCUUUUUGACAUUAUUAUGAAGGACAAAAUAAAGAAAACUAAAAAAAAUUGAAUAUUUAAAAAAAUACAUAAAAAUUUAAUA